UGCGGGUAAAGCCGUGCGCGCGGAGGCCGGCAGGCUGCCGGCUGGGGAGGCACGGGUCGGGCUGCUGCGUUCCAUCCUGGCCAUGGCAGCGGCGCCACUGAAAGUGUGCAUCGUGGGCUCAGGGAACUGGGGUUCAGCUAUUGCAAAAAUAAUUGGUAAUAAUGUCAAGAAACUUAAGAAGUUUGCCUCCACAGUUAAGAUGUGGGUCUUUGAAGAAACGGUUAAUGGGAGAAAACUGACAGACAUCAUAAAUAAUGACCAUGAAAAUGUAAAAUAUCUCCCUGGACACAAGCUGCCAGAAAAUGUGGUUGCUGUCCCAAACCUCAGUGAGGCCGUGCAGGAUGCAGACCUGCUGGUGUUUGUCAUUCCCCACCAGUUCAUUAACAGAAUCUGUGACGAGAUCACCGGGAGGGUGCCCAAGAAAGCGCUAGGAAUCACCCUCAUCAAGGGCAUAGACGAGGGCCCUGAGGGGCUGAAGCUCAUUUCCGACAUCAUCCGGGAGAAGAUGGGCAUUGACGUCAGCGUGCUCAUGGGAGCCAACAUUGCCAGUGAAGUGGCUGCAGAGAAGUUUUGUGAGACCACCAUCGGCAGCAAGAUAAUGGAGAAUGGCCUUCUCUUCAAAGAGCUUCUGCAGACUCCAAAUUUUCGAAUUACUGUGGUUGACGACGCAGACACUGUCGAACUUUGUGGUGCUCUUAAGAACAUUGUAGCGGUGGGAGCCGGGUUCUGCGACGGCCUCCACAGCGGGGACAACACCAAAGCUGCCGUCAUCCGCCUGGGGCUCAUGGAAAUGAUCUCCUUCGCCAAGAUCUUCUGCAAGGGCCAGGUGUCCACGGCCACCUUCCUGGAGAGCUGCGGCGUGGCCGACCUCAUCACCACCUGCUACGGAGGCCGGAACCGCAGGGUGGCCGAGGCGUUUGCCAGAACCGGGAAGACCAUCGAAGAAUUGGAGAAGGAGAUGCUGAAUGGACAGAAGCUCCAAGGACCUCAGACGUCCGCUGAAGUGUACCGGAUCCUGAAACAGAAGGGGCUAGUCGACAAGUUCCCGUUGUUUACGGCAGUGUAUCAGAUCUGCUAUGAAGGCAGACCUGUUCAAGAGAUGUUGUCUUGUCUCCAGAGCCACCCAGAGCACGUAUAAAGUGGAUGGUGCAGCGUGUCGGGGAACGUGCUGCCUUUCUGAUCAGUCUUUUUCAUUCAAAUGGAAACUGGGACUGGGCAACAUGAUGUUCGCUUGACCAUAAUCCUGUCAUGGGUGCGGAUGCAUUUUUACCAAUUCAUUUCUGAAUUGCGAGACACAAUUCACUGGCUAAGAUGUGGUGGGCAACAAAUAGACACGUGUGAAUGUGUGAGUCUGUUCAUUUCUCAUGCUGUGGAUGUUUCUAUGAACCAAAAUUAAAGGUCCUUUUUAAAAAUUACUUUUGAAAUUUUCCCACCGUGGUAGCUUAGAAGAUGGGAAUGAUCUCAGCUAAAUUUUUUACAUCGAAUCCAUAUGCAUUUGAGUGAACCAGCAUUAACAUGGUAGAACGGACGAGUGAGUGUGUUCAAAGAUCAACAUACUGUAACUUAAACUCUAUCUCAAAGCCAGCAUAAUUAACUACUUUGAUUGUGGGUUGAUCUUUUUUUUUUAACAAUUAGAGAUUUUUAAUUAGGUGAUCCACUUAUGUAUCUUCCUCUUUGCAGUUUUCUGUAUUUUUAGCCUCUUUUCUCUUCAUUAGCUGCCAGAGUGUGCUUUCAUAAAGGUUCAGCAGUGGUGGAAGACAGAAAAUGCAUCUGGGAUUUUCCUGCUGUGACUGACACAUUCUACUGAUUAAUACACUUGUAUGAUGCUUUUUGCUGGGUAGUCCUUUUGUGCAAACAUUUCCUCUAAGCCUCACAGAUCCACUGAGAUGGGACUCCUGUUACUCCUCUUUUGAGUUGCAGUCACAGUGCCUGGUCACCUGGCGAGUAGGGGCAGAGCUGGGAGUCAAGUCCAGUCUUCCUCCACCCCACCAAGGUGCCCAGACCUCAGGCAUCACUGGGCUGAUCCCGGUGAUGGUUGGUUGUGACAGAUGCCAUGCGCAGCCUUUCCUGAGACUAACAGGGCUUCCUGCAGCUGAGGUUUGUGUGGGUCCUGUCUAGGUGGAUGCCACUCAGAGUGUGGUCCUCACUCCAUCAGCUCCACUUAGAGUCUCUUAGAAAUGCCGGCUUCCAGGUCCCACCCCAGACCUCUGAAGUGGGGUAAGGUAUCUAUACUUUAAUAUGCCUUCCAGGUGUUUCUGAUGCUCACUACAAUUUGAGAACCACUACUUUAGAAAUUCUACUUGGAUUGGCAUUUCUCAAACCAUGUUCCAUAGGACAGGAGUGUCCUGUGAUCCCAUGGUUAUUUGGGGAGUUCUCUGGCAAGGUCAAGUGCAUUUGGGAAAAGCUGCCUCUGCACGCCUCUCUUGAAGGCGAAGAAUGUAUGUUAGUAUGUCAGUAGGCCUUAUCUAAUCCAGCAAGUUCCAAACAGCUUAGACUAUGAAGAUUUUUUUUGGCAGAGGAUCUUGCCGAAUUUUCAAGGGAUCACUGUUCUAGGCUAUGGUGACCUGAGGACAGCUCAAGUAUACCCUUUACUCCCUGCAGAAGUUAGGAUGAAUAACUACCUACCUGUGGUAUCGUUAGCUCUGAACUUUUACAGUUCAGGCCUGCAAUGAAUCUUGGAUGAAGCUUUAAGGUGACACUGUCAAGUACAACCAAGUAGAUGUCAACCUCGCUGAAACGCACAUUAUGUCGAAUAAGUGCUUUUAAGUCUAGAAUUAGAAUGGGGAUUCCUGUAUCUUCUUAAAUGAGAUUGAUUUCAGGAUAGCAUUAUAGUUACCUUACAUAGCACUUGUUAAGUGUUAAAGAAAGGUCUGAAUGUCACUUAUAUAUUCAUGGAUUUUCAGUCACUUUGUGAGAUUUUUGACUUUUGUUUGUUUUUUAAUUUUCCAGUUUGGGACUUGUUUUCCUUCUAUACCUGAAAUGAUUGUAGAAUAGAUUUUUGGGGGGAAUUUUAAAAACUCAAUCCAAAACAUUCUGGAGGGGGUGCAUUUUAAAUCCUCAUACACAGAAGUCUAUGAAAGCACACAAAAUCUACAAGUGUCAUUGAUUUUUCGUGCCACUGUUAAGUUAAUCAAUUUUUGCUUGUCUCAUGAUCUUUUUAAAAAUUUGUACAUAGAUAACAAAGUGUUACUUUUUAAGAUACUUAAUAAAGGGCUGUAAGCUAGUUGUGGUGUCUGUUAAGUAGGAUGAUUAGAUGUGAGGAAUUAGGAUUUUGUUUUAUGUAUAUUCUCAUCUGCAUUCAGCUUCCUCCUCUGGGUUUUGUACUUGUUUUUUCUUUAUGAGUGUUCUCUUGCCAAUCUGAAGUCCACUGACUGUACCUCUUGAACAUAACUUCUGAUAUCCUGCACAUUAAUGGAAAAAGGCAAAUUUUGUAAGUUUGUGAUCUGCUGACUGUAGAUAUUUAUUACUCUACAAGUUAUCUAUUUUUGUAACCACCUGUGGUCCAUCAUUUAAUUUUAAUUCUCAUUCCUUACUAAUCAUGGUAAUAGGGAGGGAGACAUCUAGAGGAAAAAGCUUAAUUUAUACUAGUUCAGCCAAUCUGUGAAUGUAAAAACUUCACUGUUGCCUUGCUAUAAUCUAGCCUACUAUAAUGUGGAACAAAUAUCUGUCUUGAAAUCCAUCCUAGCAGGUGGAGUCGAGUUAGACUCCUUCUGGUUUUUCAUUUAACUGUCAACUAAAACCUGGCCCCAUGGCAUCAGCCCACGGAGUGAUGAGGUGCCCGUGUACGAAGGGAUCUUUCAUUUUUCCACCACUUCUAAUCUAAGAGCCUUUUACUUAACAUGUAUACUGUAUCUGUUUACAGACUAUAGGUGGAUAUAAUUUAAAAGCUUGAUUUAAUAAACAUUUAAUGCCCCAAA